CGUCCCCACCUUUAUAAACAAAACCCAAUUCCCAAACUACCCCUCCACCCCCACUCUCAUCAUCAUUUCAACAUUUCUUCUCUCUCUGGCUCGCCCUCUCUCAUCUGCCUCUCAUGGAGAACCUCAACAACAAACGCCAUGAACAACCUACAAACUCCGUGAGAAGAAGCUUGAAGAGGAAGCUAGAGGACGAAUUCAUCGCAGAUCGGAACCUCAUCGCAUCCUCUGAUGACGCCGCUCAACAAGAUCUAGCAUCUCACGUUCGCGCUCAGGUUCAAAUCCUUGAUUCUACUUUCUCAUCGCUUGAAUCGGAUCGUGCGCUUGUUAAACGCUCGAUUCAUAUCCUCUCCGAGCUCGCGAAGAACGAGGAUAUUGUGAAUUUAAUUGUUGAAUCCGGUGCGGUUCCGGCGCUCGUACGGCAUCUUGAAGCUCCGGAUUGGAAGGAAGUUGCGGAACCGAGGCCGUAUGAGCAUGAAGUGGAGAAGGGAAGUGCUUUUACUCUUGGACUUCUUGCUAUAAAGCCUGAGCAUCAACAACUGAUCGUUGAUGCUGGAGCUCUACCUCGUCUUGUUGCUCUGCUUAAGAGACACAGGGACGGCGAGAACUCUCGAGCAGUCAACGGUGUUAUAAGAAGAGCUGCAGAUGCAAUCACAAACCUUGCUCAUGAGAAUAGCAGCAUCAAGACCCGUGUUAGGGUUGAAGGCGGAAUCCCUCCUCUUGUUGAAUUGCUUGAAUUUAUUGAUGCUAAGGUGCAGAGAGCGGCUGCAGGGGCCCUGCGUACUUUAGCUUUCAAAAAUGAUGAAAACAAAACUCAGAUAGUAGACUACAAUGCUUUGCCUACACUUAUUUUAAUGCUCCGGUCUGAAGAUGCAGCAAUACACUAUGAAGCAGUUGGUGUAAUUGGGAAUCUCGUUCACUCAUCCCCCAACAUAAAGAAGGAAGUUCUUCUUGCUGGAGCGUUACAACCCGUAAUUGAACUGCUUAGCUCAAGCUGCUCAGAGAGCCAACGUGAAGCUGCUUUAUUGCUUGGACAGUUUGCUGCCGCCGAUACAGAUUGCAAGGUUCACAUAGUUCAAAGAGGCGCUGUUGGUCCACUAGUUGAGAUGUUGCAGUCACCAGAUGCUCAAUUAAGGGAGAUGUCAGCUUUCGCCUUAGGAAGAUUGGCACAGGAUACUCACAACCAGGCUGGUAUAGCUCACGGUGGUGGCAUACCUCCAUUGUUGAAACUUCUCGAUUCUAGAAAUGGUUCCCUGCAACACAAUGCUGCAUUUGCGUUAUACGGUCUUGCUGAUAACGAGGAUAAUGUUGCUGAUCUUAUAAGGGUUGGUGGGGUACAAAAGCUGCAAGAUGGUGAAUUCAUUGUCCAACCAACUCGGGAUUGUGUGGCCAAGACUUUGAAAAGACUGGAGGAGAAGAUUCAUGGACGGGUAUUGAGCCAUCUGUUGUACCUAAUGCGGAUCGCCGAGAGAUCCGUUCAGAGACGAAUUGCUUUGGCUCUUUCCCAUCUUUGUGCACCAGAUGACCAGAAAACAAUAUUCGUCGACGCCAAUGGAUUAUCCAUACUCUUGGAGCUUUUGGAAUCAAGCAGUUUAAAACAUCAACGCGAUAGUUGUGCAGCCUUGUGCAAGCUGGCGGAAAAAGCCAGUUCACUUUCUCCUGUCGAUGCCGGACCGCCGUCCCCGAUAUCUCAGGUGUAUUUAGGCGAGCAGUAUGUGAACAACCCCACACUAUCUGAUGUAACCUUCCUAAUUGAAGGCAAACGCUUCUACGCUCACAGAAUUUGUCUUCUUGCUUCUUCUGAUGCGUUCCGGGCAAUGUUUGAUGGCGGGUACAAGGAGAAAGAUGCUAAAGACAUCGAGAUUCCAAAUAUAAGAUGGGAUGUCUUCGAAUUAAUGAUGAGAUAUAUAUACACCGGGUCCGUAGACGUGAAUCUGGAAAUUGCUCAGGAUCUUCUUAGAGCUGCAGAUCAAUAUCUUCUCGAGGGGCUAAAACGUCUCUGUGAGUACACCAUUGCGCAGGAUAUACGGAUCGACAAUGUGUCAGUUAUGUACGACUUAUCAGAGGCCUUCAACGCUGUGUCACUAAGGAACGCAUGCAUUCUAUUUGUUUUGGAGAAUUUCGACAAAUUAAAUGCAAAAUCAUGGUACGGGGAAUUGAUCAAGCGUAUAUUGCCAGAGAUGCGCGAUUACUUUGUGAGGACGCUUGGAAGGGCAGUGGAAGCUGACAUGAGGCAAUAGACGGCUGAGAUUAAUUUUUUGAUCAACUGAUUUUAACCAACUUAGAAUGAGCAGAAUGGAUGUUGUACAGAAAGUGGCAGGUGGCCUUUUCCUUUCAAGUUUAACGGACCCGGAUCUUAGUGGCAGUCUGUUUGUCGUUCGAUGUAAAACCAUGCUUGUACUAGAUGUUGACAUGCAUGAACUGUAUCAACUGUCACUUGUAUUAUCCUUCUCGUCUCAUCAUGCUUUUUUAUCUCUUGC